GUCCCCUCACCUGUGUUUACCUGCAGGAGCACAAGGUGUUGCUGACAGGUACACCGUUACAGAACACGGUGGAGGAGCUGUUCAGCCUCCUGCACUUCCUGGAGCCCGCCCGCUUCCCCUCCGAGGCCGAGUUCCUCAAGGACUUCGGGGACCUGAAAACCGAGGAGCAGGUGCAGAAGCUGCAGGCGCUGCUGAAGCCCAUGAUGCUGCGGCGGCUGAAGGAGGACGUGGAGAAGAACCUGGCCCCCAAGCAGGAGACCAUCAUCGAGGUGGAGCUGACCAACGCGCAGAAGCGGCUGUACCGCGCCAUCCUGGAGCGCAACUUCGCUUACCUGGCCCGGGGGGCGGGGCACGGCAACGUCCCCAACCUGCUCAACACCAUGAUGGAGCUGCGCAAGUGCUGCAACCACCCCUACCUCAUCAACGGUGAGUGACACACCUGGGCACACCUGGACA